AUGUAAUUAAUCUUUGAUAACACUUAGAUACAUAAGAGUCCUGAAUAAGUAUUUAUGAUUAAUUGAUUAGUUAAGAAGGGAAAAAUUAGAUAUCAAAAUAAAAACUAUUAAAGCAGAUUUAGCUCCAGGAGUUGUGAAAUAUAUGAUGAAGACCAAGAAUAAUGAAAAAUUACAAACUCCACUUCACAAUGUCGAAUAUCAUCAUCCAUACUCUAAACCAUAACUUACUUAUUUAAAGACAUUUUAAAAGAUGGACUUAGAGCCUCCAGUAUAAUUAGAUGAAAUAAAAGAAGAAAAAUGGAGCAUUUUAUCAAAAAAUUGUAGGAACAUUUUAGAAAAAUCAAGAAUUAGUUUAGGAAAACCAAAUGAAUCUUAAUUUUUAAGACGAUCAUCAAUUGAACUCUAUCCUAGUCCACAAAAAUAAAUAAAAAAUAAUAAUAAAUUUUUGACUCGAAGAUAAUCAAUAGAUUUAAGGAUUGAAGAUAUUAAAUCUCCAUAACAAUCCCCUGUUGAAUAGAUAAAUCCAUCUCCAAAACCUUUAGGAAUUAAAAUGGAUCCAUUCUAUGUUAGAUUUAAAAAAUACUAUAAAAAAAUUGGAAUUCAUUAAGAUGAAUAACCAAAACCCAAUAAUAAUAAAUUUUAAAAGCUUCAUAAAAAUUCUUAUUCUUAAGAUAAGAUAUAUAAAAUAAAUUCUCCUCAAAGAUAAAAUUAAAGUUUUAUUUUCUUUCCUUAGGUUUAAUGUUCUCCUUAAGCAUAUAAAAAAUCUGUUUUUUAGAAGAAAAAAAGUUAAUAAUAAUAUCUAUAAGAUAUAUUGGCUUUAUGUAAUAUGGCAUAGCAUUUUCAGGCUGAAAUGAAAAAAGAUGAAACUGAAAAUUAUAGUGAAUUAAAUUAAAAGGUAGAAUACAUCAGAUCUGAAUUCAAUAAAUAUCAUAGUAUGAUCAAUAAUGAAUAGGAUUCAACUGAUAAUAUUGAAAUUAAAUGA